UUCGCUAGCACUAUAAGAGGGCCUGCACCUGUAGUGAAUUUCUUUAUCAGUUCCCUAGUCUUUUAUAGAAGAAAUUAAACCUGACUAUACGAAAGUCCGAAAACUAGACCACAAUUAACAGCUAGCGACAUGGCUGCCAAUGGCAUUUCCCAUGUAAAUGGUUCGCUUGGAAAGGUUAUCACUUGCAGAGCUGCUGUGGCCUAUGGUCCGGGGCAGCCCUUGGCCGUAGAACAAGUGCAGGUGGAUCCACCUCAGAAAAUGGAGGUCCGAAUUAAGAUCCUCUUUACUUCCAUCUGUCAUACAGAUCUCAGUGCUUGGGAAGGCGAGAACGAAGCUCAACGAGCUUACCCUCGAAUUCUGGGACAUGAAGCCUCAGGAGUGGUGGAGAGCGUGGGAGAAGGGGUGACAGAUAUGAAAGCAGGAGAUCACGUAGUACCAAUAUUCAAUGGAGAAUGUGGAGACUGCGUUUACUGCAACUCUACAAAGAAAAACAACUUGUGUGGCAAAUUCAGGGUGGAUCCGUUCAAAAGCGUGAUGGUCAACGACGGCAAGUGUAGGUUCAGGAAUAAGGAUGGCAACCCCAUCUAUCAUUUCCUCAACACUUCCACAUUUAGCGAGUACACUGUUGUCGACUCUGCUUGUUUAGUCAAGAUUGACCCCAAUGCCCCACUUGACAAGAUGACCUUGCUUAGCUGUGGCGUUUCCACCGGUUUAGGAGCUGCGUGGAACACUGCUGACGUUCAAACAGGGGAAACGGUGGCAGUGUUUGGAUUAGGAGCUGUCGGUUUGGCUGUUGUGGAAGGGGCACGGACCAGAGGUGCAUCGAAAAUCAUAGGAGUGGAUAUUAACCCUGAAAAACGUAUCAAAGGUCAAGCAAUUGGAAUUACCGACUUCAUAAACCCCAAAGAAAUCGAUAUACCCCUGCAUGAGAAAAUAAGGGAAAUGACAGAAGGAGGGGUACAUUAUAGCUUUGAGUGUGCUGGAAAUUUGGAUGUUCUACGCGAGGCAUUUUUGUCCACACAUGAUGGAUGGGGAAUGACAAUAGUUCUAGGAAUCCAUCCGACACCAAGAUUGCUGCCACUCCAUCCUAUGGAACUGUUCGAUGGCCGUAGGAUUGUGGCUUCUAUCUUUGGUGACUUCAAAGGAAAGUCUCAACUUCCUCUUUUUGCUAAACAGUGCAUGGCUGGGGUGGUGAAAUUGGACGAGUUUAUUACUCACGAACUGCCCUUUGAGAAGAUCAACGAAGGUUUUCAAUUGCUUGUGGACGGAAAAUCCUUAAGAUGCCUUCUUCAUCUUUGAAUGUUUCAUGUGCUUUAGUGAAUGAAUAGAGGGGGGGGGGGGGGGGAUGGUGUUUGUAGGUAGGAGGGGAGAAAGGUACAAAUAUGCAUAUAAAGCAAACAAUGUAUGAUAUAUUCGAGAUCUCGAGUAUCUUUCUACAAAAAAAGUUAGGAAGAGUCCAUUUAUAUGCGCUUUCAAAUGUGGGGUACUUUAAUUUGUAAAAGUCUACAUCUUAGUAUAAUGGAAUAUUCUAAAUUGAGUAUA